AUGUUCUCCAAGCUCUUCGUCCUUGCUCUUGCAGCAUCCCCUCUCGUUGCCGCCCAUGGCAAGAUCGCAGUCAUAACUGGUGAUGCCGGUGGAAACACCACUGGCCUCGGUAUCCAAGGUGCCGUCAUCCCAGGUGCCGGAACCAACAAGCAAACCGAAGUCGACACUACCGUCUUCAACUCCAAGGCCGCCGCAACUGACGGACUCGGAAAGACCAAAGCCGGCCCCAACACUAUGGCCGACAUGACCCAAGUUAUGGCUCUCUCCGGCAGCACCCUCCCUCAAGUCUCCCCAGGUGGCUCCAUCUCCGGUACCGUCCACAUCGUCACCACCGAUGGAGCUGGCCCAUACACUGCCAUCGUCGACCCGACCGGAACCGGUACCUUCUCCACCGGCACCCAGCUGAGUGUCACUCAACAAGUCCCAGGUACCAGGGGUAACAUUGCUGCCCCCAAGCAACGCCGCUUCGUGACCCGCAUGCUCGUCAACAUAGGCAUCGUCAAGCGCGCCUCCAACGUCAACGAGGACUACCCCUUCGCGGCCACCAUACCCGCCGGCACCACCUGCACAGGCACCGCCGGCGGACAAUCAGGUGUCUGCCUCGUCAAGAUCGUCAACCCAUCCGGCGCCGGACCAUUCGGUGGCGUCGUCGCUAUCCAGAUGGCUGGUUCGGGUGCUGCUGCUGCUCCGGCCGCGGCCCGUGACAACAAGCCAGUUGGCGCUAAGUUCCGUGCUUAG